AUGGACAAAAUUAUCCAAUGAAUGAGAAUGAUUCAAUGGACAAAAAUUAUCCAAUAAACGAGAACGAUUCAAUGGACAAAACCAUCCAAUAAACGAGAAUGAUUCAAUGGACAAAAACCAUCCAAUAAACGAGGAUGAUUCAAUGGACAAAAAUUAUCCAAUGAAUGAGAAUGAUUCAAUGGACAAAAAUUAUCCAAUAAACGAGGAUGAUUCAAUGGACAAAAACUACCCAAUAAACGAGGAUGAUUCAAUGGACAAAAAUUAUCCAAUGAAUGAGAAUGAUUCAAUGGACAAAACCAUCCAAUAAACGAAAACAAUUGGAGGUUGAAUGAAAUGAAAGAGGAAAGCAAUGACAUGUUGACAAAUACAAUGGUGUCUAAACCUGGUCACACAAAGACAGAUGAUAAUCACAAUUUCCAUAAAUUUGGCCAAGAUGAAAAAUCAUCAAAUAACUCCAAUUAUGAUGAACCAACUUCUGAAAAACAGCCUGUACACGAAGAAACGAUAAAUGAGGAAAACUUCGAUGAACCAGACACAAAUGAAUCCGAUAGUAAAGCGUCAGAUACAAAAGAAUCGAGCACAAAAAAUGCAGCAGCAUCAAGUUUAACUCAAUCAUAUCCAGAUGAAUCUUACGUACCCGAGACAAAUUUGGAAUACUCCAACAAAAAUGUACAAAACUUGGAUGAAUUCAACCGAAACAAAGAUAAUUCUGGAUGGACAGGCUCAAACCGAAAAUCACGGAAUUCUUCGGAAAACAAACCAUUUUAUGAACAUGAAAAAGUGACACCUGUCACAGGAGAAGGUGAUGUAAAUGAAGAAAAUAAGAAAAUUUGGAAAACAGUAGACGCUGUUGGCACGUCUAAACAAUCAGGGACAAUGACACCAAGCCAACCAAAAGAUGCUUUAAAAGAUAAUCGCGAAAUGGAGAAAGUAACACAAGAUCAAAAAAUCGAUAGAUCCGAAGAUGAAGCGACAGGGAAUAACAUUGAUCCGUACGAACAACGUAACGAUGACAGUUCGGUGGCUGUGUCCAAUGGCGCUCCUCUAUGGAGAUCUGAACAAACAAGUCAAAACGUAAAUGAUGAUAAGGAGUUCAAAUCUACGACGGAUGUUUCAAAUAAGAAUUCUCACAAAAAUCGCACAAGAAACUCCAAGCUAUUUCCAGAUAGUCAAGCAAAUAAGCCGGCAAAAAUCAAUCAAGAUCAUUUCGUGCCUCAAGAAAACACGAAAGGAAAAUCGAAUAAUAAAGUAGGAGGCAAAAUGAACGGCAAAGGCACUGGAUCAGAAUAUAAUGGCUCCAUAACAAAAGGUCUUGGAGAACAUCGAAACACUACAAAAAUUGUAUCAGAAAAUAAAGAAGGAAAGCCUUUCAACGGUUCUUCUCAAAGUUUGAAAUCGGAAGAUUCUCAACUUUUUAUCCAUGAUAAAGGAAAUAAAAUUUUGGUGACAAACAGCAAGAAUUAUGGCAACUCGAAGGCCUCGGGAAACGAAAAACACCAAAAUAAAGUUGACAACGAUAAGUUGCUGAAAAACGAACGUUUUAAUCAAGGUUCUGCACACACUAGCGAGCAGAAAGAGAACGAAAAUUUACAACACGAAGAGAGCAAUACAGAAGGCAAGAAGGCGCCCGCUGACAACACCAUGAAUGAAAAGGAUAUAGAAAACAUUUCCAACUCAAAAACUUUAGACGUUAACGAUGAUAGCAAUUAUGAUGUUAAUCAACCAGAUAGAAUUGGAGAGAACAUGGAUGGAUCUCUUAUAGGGAAUUAUAAUCAGGUUGAUGGGAAUGAAGACCUAUAUGGAACAAUUGGUGAUGGGAAUGAGAAAAUUCUUGAUAAUUCAUACAUAUUUAAUGAUGGUGAAACACAGGAUAGUGAUUACACAAAGCAAGUGAGCAACCUUUGGACAAAUCCAUCACAAAACGAUCCAUCACUUGGUGCGAGCCCAAAUUAUGACGAUAUUGAACCAAAUAUAAAAUUUCCUGGUGAACAAAACAAUUUCUACCAACAAGAUAGUUCUCACGCAAAUGAAGGAGUAUGGAAUGAAAACAACAUGAAUGGAAAUAACGAGUACAACUCGUUGCUAAGCAGCAUGGCAAACAACCCACAAGUGAGCGGACAAUCCUUACAAGAUCAGCUACAGGAUUAUCAAUCUAAUGCUUGGAAUGGACAGGAGUCUCCUUAUUUACGCCAAAUAGAAAGUUUGACUGAUGUAAAUCAAGACAGACAAAACUCAAGAAAAAGAAAAGUCAUACCACACAAAGACGCAAAAAACGACAAACGAAGAAACGAAAAUGAAGAUGAGAUUUAUGAAAACUUGUUCACGGACAUUAAAGAACCAUGGAUUCAACGUUUUUUGACAAAAACAUUGCAGACGGCGGUAAACGAAAAUAACGAUUACCUUAACUCAAGUGAUAGAGAACAAGACGAAAAUCAAGAUAACCUAAACUCAAAUGAUAAAAAACAACACGAAAAUAGAAAUCAUCGAAACUCAAAUGAUAGAAAACAACACGAAAAUAAAGAUUCCCUAAACUUAAAUGGUAGAGAACAACACGAAAAUCAAGAUAACCUACACUCAAAUGAUAAAGAACAACACGAAAAUAAAGAUACCCUAAACGUAAAUGGUAGAGAACAACACGAAAAUCAAGAUAACCUAAACUCAAAUAAGAAAGAACAACACGAAAAUAAAGAUACCCUAACCUUAAAUGGUAGAGAACAACACGAAAAUCAAGAUAACCUAAACUCAAAUGAUAAAGAACAACACGAAAAUGAAGAUACCCUAAACUCAAAUGAUAAAGAACAACACGAAAAUAAAGAUACCCUAAACUUAAAUGGUAGAGAACAACACGAAAAUCAAGAUAACCUAAACUCAAAUGAUAAAGAACAACACGAAAAUGAAGAUAACCUAAACUCAAAUGAUAAAGAACAACACGAAAAUGAAGAUAACCUAAACUUAAAUGAUAAAGAACAACACGAAAAUGAAGAUAACCUAAACUCAAAUGAUAAAGAACAACACGAAAAUAAAGAUACCCUAAACUUAAAUGGUAGAGAACAACAACAAGCUGAUACAGAGAACGCCUCGAAAAAAAGUAAUGGUUUGGUGAAAGAUGAAGAACUUGAAAUGCCCAUAGAUGCAACGAUAAAUAAAGACGACUCUGUUCGUAAACACACAGAUGGCCAUGACGAUCUCGAUGACGUCAAUAAUGACGUGUAUGAUGAAGAGGAUGACAACAACAAUGUUGACAAUGAUGACGUGGAAAAAACGGAAGUAAAUAAUUCAAGAGAAGACAACGGCAAUAUGAACGAUACGCUUGCGUUACAAGACAUGAAUACAGAUGAAGCUGCCGAUAAAAAACACGACACAGUUAGCCUUAGCACACAGACAACACAGCAGAUAAAUAGAACGACAUUGAAUUCACCCGUUGUGACAGACCAUCAAUCAGCCCCGUCUAUCAUUGGUCCACUUAUUAAAGUGAUUGCGUCAGCUCCUAAUAAAAUCGAAGCAAGUUCAAGAGGACAAAAUGAUCUCUAUGACAACAAGAAAAUUCAAAUGACGAUUGACAACGCUCUAAACAGCAGUAUUCAAAAUGUCGGAAUAUCAUCAUCAAACGACAUACUGGAAAACGCCAUCAAGGAAAAGGAAUUAGUUAAUGUUCUCAAAGACGCCAUCCCUCUCAACCAACGAAGACCAGUUGGCACCGAAGAAGACUUGAAGAAAGGUCUUGAUCACUUAAAAGAUUACGCUAUUUCUCUGACUGAAACCAAAGGCCUAUCACUGGCUAAGCGUGACAACAUAGCCGAGGAGCUAGCUGGUGAUCUAAUGGAAGAAAUGCGAGUUGAGAACAAACGAAAGGAGGAAAUACUAAAAGAGCUUAUGUCUUUUGUAAAGGCUAUCGAAGUAUCAACAAUAAAAGAACGGAUGAAAGCGAUAAAAACUCAAGUGAUCAAAGCAUCAGAAGAGAGUCCAGAGAACGAGAACAAAAUACGCGAUACGGCAAGAAAACUGUUAACUGAUCUCCUAGAACACAUUGGGCUACCGGAGAUGAAACGGAAGCGAGCAAAAAGGCUGUGGAUGAUUCCAAGUUGCUAAAAAGUUUGGUACAAGCUGGAGAAAAGACUGUAUUGUUGAUGAAACUGAAGGAAGCCUUAGUUGACUUAGUAGCACACAAACUUUUGUAAAUUUUUCACGGCGUCGCAACACUUGUAAUUAAACUAAUUUUGAAAAUAAAUAAAAUCUUUACGUUUUUGUGAAGAA